AGCAAUAGGGUCCUUUCUCGAACAUGGAGGACGCCGCGUGUUUACCAUAAACAUCUCCGCCGAGCUGUAGUUUAAAAAAAUAUAAUUUAACAAUGGACUCAAUAACAAAUACAGCAGCUGAUGGGGCUGUAGCUGUGGACAAUGACUCAUUUGAGAAGGUGAAAUCAAAAAAGACUCAUAAACGCAAGCGGGACGCGGGUGAGAUGGAAAUGGACACGGACACAGUAGCACACAAGAGACCGCAGUUCCCACCAAUAUCAGGAGAUCAGCUGAGGGGUGGUGCAGAUGAAAUGCGCAAAGUUCCUGUCCCCGCUCACCGCUACACACCUCUGAAAGAAAACUGGAUGAAAAUUUUCACCCCCAUUGUUGAAAACCUACAGCUUCAAGUGCGCUUUAAUCUCAAAUCAAGAAAUGUGGAGAUCAAAACAUGUAAAGAAACUCAAGACAUCGGUGCUCUCACCAAAGCUGCAGAUUUUGUCAAGGCCUUCAUUUUAGGAUUUCAGGUGGAGGACGCACUCGCACUGAUCCGACUAGAUGAACUGUUUUUGGAGACGUUUGAUGUCACAGAUGUUAAGCCUCUGAAGGGAGACCAUUUAUCAAGAGCGGUCGGACGAAUAGCUGGGAAAGGAGGCAAAACGAAAUUCACCAUUGAGAACGUGACAAAAACAAGGAUUGUGCUCGCAGACACUAAGAUUCAUAUACUGGGAUCAUUCCAGAAUAUCAAAAUGGCACGGACGGCAAUAUGCAACCUCAUUCUUGGGAGUCCUCCAUCAAAGGUGUACGGCAACAUUCGGGCCGUGGCGAGCCGUGCGGCUGAGAGGUUCUAAUGUGAAAUCUACUCAUCUUUAUGUUACACAUGGACUGAUUUAUGAUGCCUGUGCCUCAUUGCUAUGAAAUGUUGAAAUCCAUGAACUGUAAUAGGCAUCAAUCUGAGCACCAGUGGACUGAUGUUAUUUGACAGAUUAUUUAUACCGGUUAACUCACUUUAAAAAUAAAUAAACACAUCAAUGAAAAUCAAA